CAAACAUUUGAUAAUUCAUUCCAGUAGCUAUUUCGAAUUUCAUAAUUGUUUCGUACUUGUUAAAAAUAAGUUUAAGAAAUGUCGCAAAGUAGUGACAAAAUUAAAGGUUUAAAAAGAUUUUUUGUGCAAAAGAAAAAAACAGACGAAGGAAAUCCAGAAAAAGUUUCACAUGAAACUCACAGCGAUAAGCCAGAUACAGAAGCCGCAAAUGCCGAACAAAUCGAACCCGCACCGAGUGUUGAUAAUAAAAAAACACAAAACUCGUCUGAAUUGCUUGAACUCGAAACCGAAGAAUAUGAACGCGAAUAUGACACAUGCAUAAAAUCAUCUCAAGUUCAAAUAACAAGUGGUGUUCAGCGUAAUAUCCAUUGCAAAGUUUGUGUGAAAUUUCCUGCUAUUGUUCGACGCAUGUGUGCAAACAACAAACCACCAGCUAUUACAUUGGAAUCUGGCACGCGCUAUCGAGCGAAAACUGUUGCUGAUCACUUUGCGACGCCUUAUCAUAAAGAAUGUAAACAAGCUGAUACGGUCACCAAACAGCGAUGGUAUAAAGGAAUUUUUGCCACUGCCGAAGAUCAAGAAGACGAUUACGACGAAGAUUAUUUAUUAGAAUCGAAGAGUAAUAAUAUCAAUUUCUAAAUUGCUACAAGUUUCAUUUACAUUUGGAUCAAAAAGAUGAUUUGUUGAAUCAGCAAAAUACAUUCAAUAAAUAUUCACAACAUUUUG